AUGACUAACGGUAAGGUGCGCGGACCUACUAUCCAUAGCAAUGACCUUCCCUUUGGGCUCCAGGUGAAGGCUAGCACCGGUGCUCCUCCACCGGUGGAGGAUUCGGUGGAAGCUCUCCGGGAGCAUGCCGCAUCGGGCAAGAUCCAGGAACUACUAGACCAGUACGGCGGCGCCGUUCUUAUCCGCGGGUAUGGGCAGCCUUCAGCGGAGACCUCUGCCGAACUAGUCAGUACCACCGAACAAGCGCGAGGUUACCACCCGCAUGAGCAAAUUGGCCUGAUUGGCAAGAGGAAUGAGGUGGCCAAGAACGUCUGGAUUGCUAACGAGGGCUCGUCUUUGGUCCGUUUCUACCAGUAUAACGAGGCGAGGAGUAUUGCCACAUGA